AUGAAGUUUUACUUGGUCUUGAUGGCACUCGCUGCCCUUGGCAAUGCCCUGCCCGCUGUCGAGGGUGAGGUCCAAGGCCUCAAGCCCUCUGGUCCGGCUCCCUUCCCCUCUGGCGAGCCUCACCACCACCACCCUCACCCAAAGCCGUCUGGUCCUCCCCACGAGCCCCACGGACCCAAGCCCACUGGAAAGGGCGGUCCUAAGCCCACCGGCAAGCCUGGCCCCAAGCCAACUGGCAAGGGUGGCGCCAAGCCCACCUCCCACCCUGAGCCCAUCCUGGGUCUCGGCAACGGCAAGUUCCACCCUGGAAAGCCUUCUGGCAAGCCCUCUGGCAAGCCUCACCACGGACACCACCCCAAGCGUAAGUCUCCCAAGUUCAUUUGUACAGUACUUUUUUGGCAUCAGACUGACCAUGCCGAAAACGCAGCCACGGGAAAGCCUCCUGGACCUAAGCCAACAGGCAAGCCUUUCUAA